AUGGUCUUCAACGAGUCGUCCACGGCGAACCCUGCGCCUCUUGGCUCGGAGUCGCAAGGAGAAGGCGUCCCAACCUCGUCUCUCAGCAAAAUGGCACUCAACGGCCCCCGAGACUUUGGCAAAGGCCUCAGGGACGAGUUCUGCUUCGAUCCUGAAUGGAGAAACAUGAACAAUGGGUCCUUCGGCUCAACACCGCGCGUCAUCAAGGAGAAGCAGUUUGCACUGCAGCUCCGCGCCGAGGCCGUGCCGGACCUCUACACCCGCUACGAGUACCCGGCGCACCUCGACGCGGCGCGCGCCGCCCUCGCCGCGCACUUCCACGCGCCGGUCGAGACGAUCGUGCUCGUGGCCAACGCCACGACGGCCGUCAACGUGGUGCUGCACAACCUCGUCUGGGACCCGUCGGGGCGCGACGAGAUCAUCUCCUUCUCGACCGUCUACGGCGGCUGCGGCAAGACCAUCGACUGCAUCACCGACACGAAGCCGCUCGUCGCGCAGCGCGUCAUCGAGCUGCGCUACCCGGCCGACACGGACGCCGCCAUCGUGCAGCGCUUCCGCGCCACCGUGGCCGCGGCGCGCGCCGCCGGCCGCACGCCGCGCCUCGCCCUCUUCGACACGGUCUCGUCCAUGCCGGGCGUGCGCUUCCCCUACGAGGCCGUGACGCGCGCGUGCCGCGACCUCGGCGUCCUGAGCCUCGUCGACGGCGCCCAGGGCGUUGGCAUGAUGCCCCUCGACCUCGCCGCCCUCGACGCCGACUUUGUCCUCUCCAACUGCCACAAGUGGCUGCACGUGCCGCGCGGCUGCGCCUUUCUCCACGUGCCGCUGCGCAACCAGCACCUGCUGCCCUCGACGCUGCCGACGAGCCACGGGUACGUGUCGCCGCGGCCGUCGGCGAGGAUGAACCCGCUGCCGCCGCGCGAGGCGGGCAAGUCGGCGUUUGAGGAGAACUUCCAGUUCGUCGGCACCGUCGACAACACCUCGUUUCUCAUGAUCAAGGAUGCGCUCGCGUGGCGGGACAAGGUCCUCGGUGGGGAGGAGCGCAUCGUCGCGUACCUUUGGCAGCUGGCCAGGGAGGGCGGCAGACGGGCAGCCGAGAUUCUCGGGACGGACAUUAUCGAGAACGAAGCUGGCACGCUGACGAAGUGCGGCCUCGUCAAUGUCUGGUUGCCCGUGAGGACGGCUGACGGCGAAGGGGACGGCGCCGUCGUGUCAGCGGCCGAAACGGCGCAGGCACUGGCGUGGGCACAGAAAUGGCUCGUCGACGAGAAGAAAACGUUCAUUCCCAUUUCUGUGCACACGGGCAGGUGGGUAUGCGCGCCUCAGCGCGCAGGUCUACCUCGACGUGGAAGACUUUGA